GCCACCAUCGGAGCAGAUUUCCUCAGCCACUUCUUCAUCGUCGACGGUAAAAACGUCUGCGUCCAGCUCUGGGACACAGCCGGCACUGAGCGUUUCCACUCACUGGGCUCAGUCCUGUACAGAGCCGUGGAUUGCUGUGUACUGGUGUUCGACGUGACCUCGGAGGCUUCCUUCAAGGCGCUGGACAGCUGGCGGAAUGAGUUCCUGCUCCAGGCUGACCCCAGGGACCCAGACAGCUUCCCGUUCCUCGUCGUUGGGAACAAGACUGACCUAAGGAGCAGCAGCAGCGAGGUCGUCUCAAAGCGGGCGGAGGAUUGGUGCAGCGCCCACCAUCUAAAGUACAUCGAGACCAGUGCCAAGGAAGCCCUGAACGUGGAGGCGGCGUUUCGAGAGGGCGUAAGGCUCGCAUUGAAGCGGCUGAGAAGUGAGGACCAGAUCUCGGACCAAUUUGACCAGAUUCAGUUGACGCCAGAUGAAGAGACAGGGCAGAGGACGUGUGCUUGCGGCUGAACCCAAGGCAGCUCUGCUUCCCGGACCCGUUUGCCUUUGCUGGCAUGUGGACUCAGCUGUGCUCCCUUGCCUCUCGGUCCUUCCUCCCUCGCAGGCAUGGCCUCAAUCUCCAGGCCCGAACACUCGGCCCUCCUCCGCUGACGACUUGCCCUGUGCCUCAGCUCCUGUCUUUGCCUGUUCACUGUCCCCUCAUGAUAGUUGCUGGGAUCCGCUCAUUCACUUCAAUAAUUGCUAACUUAAAGACUAACUAGAAUGGAGAACACUAAAACCAAAACAGUUGUUAGUCCAGAGGUCCGCAGGCGAUGUUCUGGGCAGCCAGGUUCGAACCCCACUUUGGCAGGUGGUGGAAUUUGAAUUCAAUAAAAAGAAUCUGAAAUUACGAGUCCAGCGAUGAAUCCAAUGUCAAUUGU